AUGCACACUUUGAAGAGACUGCACAGCCACCACCAGAGUGAUGAAGACGUGGUCGUCGAGGGGGGGGUGAGACACCCGUUUGCCCCAAAGUGGAACUCGCCCAGGGGGGGAACGAAAAGCGCCGCCCCCUCGCGCGAGCGCUAUUCCGCAGGUGAUGGCAGCGGUGGUGAUCAGAGCGACGAAGACGAUCAGGAUGAUCAUGAAAAUUUUGACAAUCAGGAUGAACAUGAAAAUUUUGACAAUCUGGACCACCAGCAUUAUUACCAUUACCGCAAUUACUACCACGAUGCGGACGAGCCAACAAACCCAUUUCGCACCGAGGGCGAAGAGGAAGACCUCCAGUCGAAGGAAGGCGCAACCAAGUGGGGAAGCAACGCCGAUCGGGGGGACAUAACUGAGUGGGAUACUUCUCAUUUCCAGGGCAGGGGAUCGAAGAACCACUCAAGUGGACUACACGAAAAUGUAAAAAAGACAAAACUUAAAAUGUACAAAAAUUUGAUAGAAAAAAGAGAGCUAAUUAACUCUGGAAAUUUUUUUCAAAUUCCAUUUGAGCAAAACAAAAAGGAGAGUAAACAUCAACAGGUGCAUAGUCCCUCAAUUGACAAAAACAAAUGGGUUGGUUCGCCUUCAAAAUUGAGCAGCCAUUUACGAGCAGCCAAACUAGUUAGACCACAUACGAAGCAAGAAAAACAUUUUAUCAUUCCAUCUGAAGCAUUUCCACCCGAAGAGAGGAUCCCAAAUUGUCCGCCUAAGAAGAGCAGCCCAUCAGUGGAACCCUCGCAGGAGCCUGCAGCUGUGGACACACAUUUAAACAGUCCAUUUGCAAACCUAAUUGGCCAAAAGUUAUCGAAAAAAAAAUACCGAUUUAAACGUAGUGACAUCCAUAUCUGCACCCUUAACAGUGUAAGUGAAAACUGUGCUGGGUUCUUUAGGAGGAGGUUACUGAAGAGUAAAAUUGAGGCCCUGCUGAAGAUACAAAGAGGGGAAGGAACAAAAGGAAUUGCCAACCCGUUCAUGAAAAUUUUGUUGAAAUAUGAAACUCCCUUCAUGUGGAAGACGGAAGUUUCUCACCAACGCGAGCACUUCUUGGGAGAGCACAAAGAGAGAGAAAGGGGUAAUAAUGCCCACCCACACCAAGUCGGUGUAACUGAACCGCUAACUCCUUUGAUGAAGGAGGGGGACUCCAGUUCUAAGCAAAGUGCUGGCCAUACAGAUGGACUUCUAAAUCGGACCGAAAACAAAACAGCGAAGAAACAAUCAAAGGGUGCACCCCUGGGGGAACGACCAAAUAGUAAUUCGCCAGUGACCGAGUGGUCCACUGCCGGUGGAAUCGUCGAUUCUUACCUGAACGGAAACGCGGAUUUUUUUGAGCAGAACUUCCUGGAAGAGGAAUUUUGCGGGGGGGGCGUUUCAGUGGCGCACGUUGGUGAGGAGUACCCGUGUGAGCAGGACCCUUGUGCGGAGGACCUUUGUGAUGCCGAUUCGUAUGAGGUGGACCCCUGUGAGGCUGACCUUCCCCUGGACGAAUCCAUAAAAACCCUGAUAAGCAACUGCAACAGCAUUUUUAACAACCACUCCAGCAACCCCCCGCAGGAGGAUUUUUCCCAAGUGAAGCAGACGGAGACCACAGGGGGGGGGACCUCCUCCGUCAAACUGCUCCCACAGAACGACGACGAAAUUGACCUCUUCAGUGACGAUCCGCUUAUCAGCCUAAAUCGUGGCCGAGAAGAAAGAACCCGUCAGAGGGAAACAAAUCCCAAAGGUGAAAAAUGCCAACUGGUAAAAGAAGAGAGGCAGCCAAUUUGUGACGACUCCUCCGCUGAGAAAAAACACCCUGAAGAAGAAAAACACAGGAAUAACCCUCACGCAACAUAUUUGCGUAAUUCGCGUGGAAGCGGCCAAAUUAAUUCUCACCAAUUUGAAGUGGCAUCGAAAGAGUUUCGACCGUCUGGGCAGGACGCAGAAGAGUCAUACACACUCUCACCGCGUGAUACACACUCACCGCGUAACCCACACAAGGGUGAAAAAACCUGCGCACUGAAAAAGUUACACAAAAAUGGGAAAGAUAAACAUCCAUUCGUGCCAUUGCCCGUAAGGAAGGACCAUCUUAGGGGGGCACUAUCCGACCAGAAAAAUGCAAAUAAAAAUGAGGGAAAAAAAAAAAAAAAUUGCUGCAAAAUGACGAUGAAGACACACCCUAAUGUGGGACUUCCAUAUAACCCCAACUGCCGUCUACACAACAGUGCAUGCAAUAAGAGGCACAUAAGAAGAAAAAAAAAUAAUAGGGAUAACCAAACCAUCAGCUAUUUUCGCUUUUAUAAGAAGAAUCUUUUAACCACCAAAGGAGAGAGAAAAAAACGUGUAAACAGCCACAGUGAUAAUUGCAACGAUUGUUCUGUGACUCUGGCGCAAAAUGUCAUUUCUCCCUCUGGGGACCCCGAAAGUGCCUACCAUUUGGAAGAGAAAAAGGAGAAACAUAAGGCUGUGUCCACGCUUAAGAGCGUCCAGGGGAGCGUCCAGGAGAGCGUGCAGAAGAACCUCCAAACAACAGCAAAAGGGAAAGACAAACAGAACGGUAUUGCCCGUCAGGCAAAUCGAAACGUAAGUCGAAGCAGACACACAAGCGCCCCCCAAGGGAACAUUCCAAGUGAGACACAUGUUGAUAAGAAAAAUGACAAAGCGGAAAUAAAUUUUAUUAAAGGGGGGGAAGAUUCACAGAAUGGUUUCACUCCAAAUGGGAUGGCAGAUAAUGCACGGACUCCACCGAAUGGUGAGUCACUCCAAGGGAGGUCCCUAAAAAAUGACCGUCUCACUGCUAAUAGGGGUAAUAAGGAGCACAUCCAGUUGAGACAAACAAAGGGCAUCGGCACACACGUCAACAACUCCAGUGACGUCUUCACCUCGAAAAAUCGAAUGGGUGGAGAAACUUUCCAGGGAGAGGAUGCACUCCCCGAUAACGCCUCACAAAAUGGAAACGGCAUCUAUAACGCCGCACAAACUGGAAACAGCGUCGAUAAGGCCAUUUCGGAGGACCACAGUAGCGACAGGGGCUCCCCCCAAACGAACCAAUCAGUGCAUGAAAUAGAGCUGAACCUGCUGGGGGGGCAUGUCUCUCUGCACUUUUAUGGAGAAAAUGGAACCCGUGUCCUUCAAUUUAGCAUCGAAUUGGAGGUACUCGAAGAGAACUGCAAACUGUUUAAAGGUUUAAGCCUACGUUCUGGGGGAGUCACCAAUUCGGGAGCAAAUCUGAGUCGAGGUGUCCGCAGAAAUGCCCCAGAAAGUUCCCCUCGAAACGCCGAUCAUAAUUGCAGUGAUCUCCGCAGCAGCCCCGCCGAAGCGAUCACCCGCAUUAUCCAAAAGGAAGAUAUCAUAAAAGAUUACUGCAGCCGCCUGGCGCUGAGCGAUCAGAAGGAACACAUACACCGCGUCAUCAGCAACUCGCUGAGCGUGGACAAUUUCACGGUCCUAUUUACACUCCUAAAAAUGAAAAACAAAAUGAACAUGCUGCUACUCCAAAUUAACAAAAUAACAGACGAAAUAAAAAAGCUUCUCAUAAUGAUAGAAAAAAAACUAGAAGAAAUAGCGAACCUUACACCCCAAUUGGAAUUUUUAAGGAGUGUAAAAAAAGAGGCAAAAGUUACAGUCAUACAAAACUGCAUGAACUUCUUCCUGCGCAUAACUAGCAUAUACAGCAACAUUUGCACUUUGGUAAAAACGCAAAAUGCGAUUUUUUCACAUUUCAAAUUUAACAACGAAAUAGUCAACAGUUAUUUAUUUUUUGUAAAGAAAUUCUCCAUCUAUAUAUCCAGCAGUGUAGUCGAAAUACAAAGUUUUUAUGUCCAAAUAAAAAAUAUGCAAAAUGAGGAAGCAGACCAAAAUUGCCUGAACAGGCAAGAAAAAUCCACGCUCACAAAAAUACACAAUAAGUUAGAAAAUCACUUAAAUAUUCACUACAGGAAAAUAUUUAUCUUUAAAAAAAUACUAGACAUAUAUUUAAUCGAAUUGAACAAUUUUAAAAAGUAUCAGAAGGAUUACACGAUUAGCAAAAUUAACAUUUUAAUCAAUUCCAAAUGUCCAUAUGAUUUGCUCCUCUUUUCCAUCCUCGUUAAAUCCAAAAGUCUCUGUGAAAUAAGUGUGAGGAGAAUAUGCCACAAUUUCGACAUCACGAAUUUUCAGACAAACAAGAGGAUCUACGCGCUCUUUUUAAACAAAAAAAUUAAAAAUAACAUCUUGAAGAAGAUUAAAACCACCGUUGGGGAAAAUGCUUACGUUACGUUAAAAAGUAUUUUUUUCUACAAUGAGUUAAAUGGCCUCAUGAAAAAUGCCCUACGUAAUGGCGGUUUCAAAACGGAACGUCGUCUCAGCGAGCAGGGUGAAGAAACACUGAAGGGGAACUCCUCCGACGAACGUUCUAUGGAGUCUCCCCAAGGGAAGGGAAAACCGCCUCGUAAUUUAAUCAACACGCGUGAUGCUUGGAGUAACCCUUGUGGUGGCAAAACUGGGAGGGCUGAAAAGGGGAACGUACCCAGAGGGGGAGAAGCAAACCAGAAAGGGGCGUACGAGAAACAUACCGCAGGUGUAGCUCCAAUAGGAAAGAACCAACCAAACGUGAGCAACUGCCAAUUAGUGGAGGAAUCUAAUGAGAGCGUCCCGUCUAAUGUCACAACGAAAAGCCUGUCCACCUGCUCUUCCCUAAACGACUGCGAAGAAUCCAAGUAUUUACAAAGCAUCGACAAAAUUUUAAAAACGAACAAUGCGCUAACUUUAGUAAAAAAUAUUAGACGAUCCCUAGAUAUGGGCAAUCUCUCCACAUCAAACAGCUGCUCGGGGAAGAACCAAAAAGAGACAUACAAAAGCAAAUGCAGUGAGGGAAACAAGUCGAAAUUUUCCUUCCCCUCCACUGUUCAAGCACAUUUAAGCAGAUCUCCCCCCAAAGAUGAAGAAAAUUGCAUCAAAUUGAAUUGCGCCAGGAAAAAAAAAAUCGUGGCAAAUGAAAUUGACCAACUGAGGAACGUCUUCAAAGCGUACGAGCAGGGGAGGAAAGCAAAAGAAGAAAAGGCCCCCCCACGAAAAAACAGCUCCAUCGAAAAUGCGGCCUGGAACACCCAUCCAAAUGGAACAGGCGCGUCACCCCCAAGUGACAGACGUCUAUGCCGUAAAUACAAAUCCGCGGCGAUUGGCCAGUCAAAUCCCCCGGAAGAGUCAAACAACAGGGAACAAAACACGCUAUGCACCAAAAAGGAAAAGAAAAAAAGAAAAAUCCUUGAGAACAUUGAAAAAAUAAAAGAAAUAGAAAAAAAUUACAAACAACUCCAAGAAAUUCAAAGGCAAGAAAAAUUCAAAAAAAAACUGAACGAAUGGAAGCUCAGAAAAAUUACAAAAAGGAACAACAUAAACCUGCUAAAAAUUAGGGGACUCAAAAAUAAAAAAAAAGAUUUGUUUACCUCGUUCGUUAAGAAGGACAUUAACGGGUUAGGCACGGUCAUCAGGUGUAAGAUCAACGGCGGGCGGGGUAUCAGCGCGGAUGCCCCGGUUGAUAUCCUUGCUGAUGCAUACCCCAGGGACGUUCCUAGCAACCAUACGGAAGGCAGCAACACGGAAAUCAGCUCGUCACACCUUAUUUCCCAGGGGGGGGGAAAAAGCGUAAAGGACAUUCUGGACAGUUUGAAAAAUUCCACCCCCGCAUGCAGGAAGAUGGGAAAAGCGAACCCCCCUUUGGGAGGCCUAAAUGGAGAGGAGGGCACUCCUACUGCGCAUCAAAAAUUGCCCUUAUAUGACCACUUAACCACAUUUGAUGAUUACACAUUUGACAGAAAUCACCUGAACGGUUCAGGCAAAAACAGACACAAUGGAAUUUUGAAUUAUGAAGGAGUCCAAACGGAUUUCGUAAAAACGGUUAACAAAUCAGGAGUGACAAACCCAGUGGACGAUAAAAUUAUUAUAAACGAUAAAACGGCGAGGAAUUUAAAAAAGGGAAACAAAAAUUGUGAAGAUGAAGCUACCCUCUAUAAUGAGAAGAACAAAGAGUAUAAUCUUCACCAAACGGAGGAGCAUUUCACUGAUUCCUUUUUCAACAAAAAAUUAUAUGAGCCAUCCCCAUCGGAGACGCAUUUUUUUGCCGCAAUAGAGGACGACAAUGAGCACACGGAUAUGAUCCUUUCCCCUAGGCAGAGCAAAAACGAACCAAAAAAAAGCACCCUGGGGGUGUCAAAUAAAAACGUAAAGUAUAAGCUAUCAGACUACACGCAGAAAUGGAACAAAACGGAGAGGACCCCCUCUGUAUGCAUCACGAAAGGGGUACCACGAAGGAAGGCCACAAUGUGGAGUCACAAUGUUGACUAUACAGAUCAGCGAAGUGAAGUGUCAACGGAAGGAAGUUACUUCCCAAUACAGGAAGAUGAAGACGCACAUGUGAGCGAAAUGGCUAACGAUACAUCAAACGAAUGGCUCAACAGAAGAAAAAAAAAAGCACCUCAUCACAUUGGAAGUGGGAAAAAUAAUGCCCCAUUUGGACACGCGACACUUUUCCCCAUCGAAGUGAAGCAAAAAAUGAACUCCAAAAUGGUCAGUUGGGGAAGGAAAAAACCAAGUAACGGCUUCCACAGGGGGGGGAUUUACAAAACGAAAGAAUCGAUAGAAAGACGACGGAGAAUCGAUAACUAUGCAAAGGCCCUGAGAACAUUAGGCGCGUUAAAAAAUAUUGAAAUGUCGCUAAGAAAUAUUAAAAAUGUACCAAGUAAAGUUAAAAGGAAAAAUGUUAUUGAAUUCCUUAGACGGAGACAACGUGAAGGAAUGGCAUCGAACCAUUUGAUUUACAAGGAUGGGUACGUUUUUUUGAAAAAAAAAUUGUCCUCGAAAUUUUAA